AUGCUCACACUGCCACAGGGGGAUGCAGAAACUUUGCGUGCCUGUCAUGAAGGAGCCCGAAUUCGAGGGAAGCCGCCUUUUGAGCAAAUGCCGAAAUAUGCUCAUAUCUUUGGGGAAGUCGACCAAAGAUUGGGUGAAGUUCCCACAAGUGAACUAAUCUGUAGCAUCCAAGGGUGGUUACGGGCGCCGUCCUAUGCUGCCGCCUUUGAAAGAGCCUAUUCCCUCCGUCAAGCCGACACGGCAGAGUGGUUGUUUGAGCUUCCAGAAUACAAGUCCUGGUUGACAUGUUCUCAAGAACCGGGUGGACCGUGUGAGCAGCCUGGCUCUCUGCUCUGGGUUACAGGGAAACCCGGCACCGGCAAGACUGUCCUUGCUGCUGCGACAAUCUCGAACCUCCGAACGUCAGUCCGCUCGAAGAAUCAUGGCUCGAAAAUUCUCUCCUACUACUUCUUUGAUCAAUGUCACCCAGGGCACAGCUCGAUCCGCUCUGCGUACGCGUCGUUAUUGGCACAAGUCCUGGAUGAGUGCUCUCAAUCUCUCGACAUUCUUGAUUUGUUUAGUUAUGCCAUGAUUGGACGAACUCGCGAACACGAAACUGCAACGGCCGGCGACAUGGCCGACAUCAUCAGACUUUUGAAGCCACUGUUGAGUGACUGGUACAUUGUCAUAGACGCUGUGAACGAGUGUGAGGCGUCUGAAGCGUUCCUGAAGUGCCUUGCGGGCUCGGAGUCGACUCACAGACCAAGGAUUAUGCUAUUCGGGAGACAAAAUGCCAACAUUCUUCACCGAAAUGCACUUGAGGCGACCACGAUCACGGUGACGCCAGCGCUCGUGAACCUCGAUCUACACCGCUUUUUCAUGCGCCAUCUCGAAGACAGGCUCUUCUCGGAUCUCUUGGAUCGCGGCACCAACCUGGACGAGCUCGUAUCUUCGCUUCUGAUAGGCGCUAACGGGGCAUUCCAAUGGGCACAGCUCAUGGCUACUUACCUGAAGUCCGAGGUCCUACCAGUCUCAGACCGAGUUGAAGCAAUUCGACGCCUCAGGUCGGCUGAAAGUCUCGAAGAUAUGUACGCACGCACACUUACAGUCAUUGCGCGGAGGCCAAGCGUUGAACAACUGUCUGCAAGGCGUAUGUUCAUGUGGAUUGUCUUCGGUAAAGGUGUCGCUCGCCUCGAUCAGUUCGAGGAUUUGCUGCAGAUGCUGAUCUGCACAAUCGGCCCGGGCCUCACGAACGAGGAAAAGGGAUUUCAUCUGUCCUUGUCUACAAAUUUCGAACGCAGUAUAUCAAGAGCUUGUGGUGGUCUAGUCGAGGUGAGGUGGUCAGAAGAACUUCGAACCGGGGUAUGCCGCUUCGUGAAUGGCACCGCUCAUAAAUUCUUCCUGAGGAAGUGUGCUGACGCUGGCCGCGAGGCGAAACUCGCGACGGGAGGUAUCGAAUACCUUCAUCCCCCAGCUUUCGAGGCCGAGUCGGAGAUGCUGAUGUUAUGCUUCCAUUAUUGCCAGGUCCAGCGGCAGGCGAGGACCGCUUUCGGAGCAGCGUCUAGGACGGCGGUGGACAACCCUCGACCCUUUCUGAGGUACGCCACGGUUUCCUGGGUCGAGCACCUGAUUCAACCUCCAGAUGACGCCGAGAAGACGGUUGAGGCCGUCCUGAAUAUGCUACGGGGAUUCCUCGAUGACCGUGCUGGCAUGCUGGCCUGGGUAGAAGCCAUCUACACGCACAGGGCAGAAUUCAAGACCAUCACUGAUAGACUACGUCGAUGGGCGUCCGAUGUAUCUGCUUCCUACUCAGGCUCCCUUGUUGAGAAGGCCAACGAGGUUACCAAACUGGUGUAUGCUCUGGUGGGAGACCUUGCCGAGCUCGACAAGGCGUGGAGAUAUAAACUGCUGAGGAAUCCGACUCUUCUCCGGAAGGACAUCACGGCCUUCAGUCACAGUUUAUUCUUCCCGCAGCCGGAGCCGCAGCCUCCAGCGACCGCGACCGUCUCCCACCCAGUGCCCAUGCCCGCACCAGAGGGGCUGUCAAGUCUGAGUUCGGCUCCUCUGUGUCAGAUAUCGCACGAGAAGGAUGGCGGAGGCAGGUCUGCUACUCUGAAAAUCUGGCCCUCCGUGGCAUUCGCCAAUGGGUCCCAAGGUGGCUCCUCGCCCGCUGCUGGUACGUCCAACGAAACGUAUCAAGGCUGGGUUGCUCAGUAUCAAAUAUGGGUUCGGGGAAAAGGAUAUGGGGACGCUGUUCUCAAAGAAGAAUGGGAUUUCCCACUGAACGAGCAGGAGGUUGCAUCCCACAUGGCUCUCAUCCCCGCUGGGUUCAGGACUUGCCUGGGAUCCGUCGAUGGUGCCUUCAACGAGGCUGAUGUUGUCCGACAAUUUCCUAUCAGUAUCGAUCGAGAUCUCGACGUGUUUACCGUCCUGCACACCGUUUACAUUCUCGACCGAAACCAAUCGUGCUCCUCCCACACUGGCGAGGCGAAUCAAUGUCAGUGGGUGCGAAAGUCCCUCCCCAUCGGCGGUAAUGCGAGAUCGCUUGCGGUUUUCCAACCAGUGGAUCGCGGCGUCGAAGACCGUUGUGACAAUGCGCGGAAUACGACUGAGCACCACAGUGUCUUCCAGACCCCUCGAUCGGCAACCUUCCGGAUCUUCUCACAUAAUGGUCUGGUCAUUUACCAAGGCGUUGCAAAGGGCAACCAUGACAAAGGACUGGACCACUGCAGCAGCCGCUUCGUGAACGAAAGCUGCUUCAUGGUGAUCUUCAAGAUCGUGACCGACCCCCACGAUGUCCUCAUCAAAGUGGUCGCAACUCUGGACGGCCUUGACUUUGCAAACGUAUUCAACGGCUGUGUCUUCCACCCGAGCCUGCCGUUGGCGGCCCUCAUCUGGCACACGGGUUCGUUCUGCCACCGUGCUGUCCUCUGGAGCUUUGCCAGUCCGAGUCCCGUCAGGCAAUUUGGCGUCAACUGUGUCACGCGGGUUGACUUCGAGAAUGGCGACGCGAUCACUGCCGAAGUGCUGGCCGAUUGCGGCCCGGUGGCCCAAGUCCAGUUUUCAGGAUGCGGCAACAAAUUGCUGCUCGACCUCCCGUUCCACUACUGCCCGGGAGUCUUUGAUCUCCAACGCAGUUCUGCGUAUCACGCCGCGGUGGCUGAGCACAAAAAGUCGCAAGGGCCCAGGGUCGAGCAGCGAUCCGGCAUGUCUCGCCGUUGUCUGCUUCUGCACCAGGCGCAGUCUCGUCUCUCAUCGACCGUGGGGAUCCAGAGGCCGCAGCACGCGGUGCAACAAUGUGGCCAUGUUGGGCGACGAGCCCAGAGCGUUUCUCACCACGUCUCGAGCCUCGAUUUGGGUGGGCAGACUCCCGGUCCGUCAACCCAAGUCAGCCUUCGGUCACCCGAGACAGGCAGACAAGACAAGAUCAGCAUCAACACGGAUCAUUCGCUUCAGUCGUGUUAUAGCUGGAGGGGCUCCAUGGGACCGCCGCCGCGUCCGACCAUCACCAACAACUUCCAAGCCAUAGCACCUAGCAGGAAGUUGAACACGGACUAUCAGCCUGUCCUGGCACCGACGCCAUGUCAUUACGGGGAUGACCCGAUGGAAGGGCCCUCGUCAAUGGUCGUCACAUCAACCGUUCAUCGAACCGUGCCCGCCGAAAGAACGACCAUGGAUUGCGAGCACGAACGGGCACCGACACUAUAUCCUUGCGGGGGAGAACAAAUGGUCGAGCCUUCGUCGAUGGUCAUCACGUUAGACGCCCAAGAGGCAGCACCUGCCGGAACGGCUAUCAUGGACUACCAGUUUGACGCUGCACCAACGCCAUAUCAUGGCAUGGGAAAUCCAACAGGAGAGCCCUCGCCACUGGUUAUCGCGACAGACAACAUCCAGGAGAGCGAGCCUGCCAGCACGACUGAGAUGGACUUUCAGCAUGACCACCAGGCGCGGGCCCCAACACCACGUUAUGGCGUGGAAGCUUCAACAACAACAGGAUCGACCUCGGUGAUUCUGAAGGACGCUCGAGCCACCGCCCUUGCCGGCAAGACGAGGAUGGACUGUCAUAACGAACAGGUGCCGACGCCGAAGGCGGUGCCAACGCCAUCUUGUGUCUGGACGGAACCCAUCCCCAUGGAUGCAGUCCGAGCGCUCGCAGCCGCCAGACUCCUCGCACAGCAGCACCUUGGCUGUUAUCAGCAGGACGCAGCGCAAGGCGGCAAGACGCCAGCCUUUGAAGCGGGUGCAAGUCCUGCUGCGGCUGCCAUGCCUGGGACUCCGUUUGCUCCUCCCCAAGAUUUGAAUCUGCAGACGCAGCUCCAGCAACUCUUGAUCAAGGUGCCGCCGCCGCCGCCGCCGCCGCCGCCGCAGCAGCAGACGCCCAGCAGCAGCGGUGUCAUCCCACGUCGGAGAAGACGCCCUGGAUCCGCCCAGAGGGAGGCAAGCGCGUGUGGACCCGGACGGGGAAGGGGACAUGGACCUGGGAGAGGGAGAGGCAGAGGCAGAGGCAGGGGGCGGGUACGGCUUAGAGGGUAG